AUGUUGAAGGACGUUAAACUCGAAGCUAUUGAUCAAAGCGUCUCUAUGCUCAUGAAAAAAGAACCUUGCAACCAUGACCCUGCAGUCAGCUUGGAUUCUAAUAGCCAUGUAAAUAGACCUGUCGUGAUGAAAAAUGUCAAUCAGCAGGCUGUUGGUUCCUACGAGAUACACUCUACUCUUGUGCCCACGACGAAGGAGCCAACGGUAGCGGUAAGAGGUUCCAAUCAUGCGAAUAACUCUAGUAGUGGGAGUACUGUACCGCAGUUACAUCCUAGAGAUCCACGUAGAGAUCCACGUAAUAGACCCAGAGUCAUACGGGCUGUAUCUUCGUUGGCAUCUACCACCGCCAUGCCCUCAUUCGCUAGCAGCCCUAGUCGUAAUGUAGCAGCAGUGAACAAAAGCCCUGUUGUGGUAGCUAAACAGGCAGAAAGCCCUGUUAUAGUAACUAAGCAGGCAGAAAGCCCUGUUGCAGUAGCUAAGCAGGCAGAAAGCCCUGUUGCAGUAGCUAAGCAGGCAGCAAAGAUUGUGGCAUCUGGUCCCUUCAACCAAUCUCACGUAGAGAAAAGAAUGGGAGGGUGGGCUAGCUCUGUAAACAACGUGGCAAAAAGUCCUGUUAUAGUAUCUUCUAAGCAGGCUGAUGUGGUUUUCGGCAGUGUUUCUUUGAGAGCUCCUGCUGCGAUGCAUCAUAAAAGUCCUGUUAAGAUUGAAAGUGAUGAUCAAACAAACCAGGCUACUUUAGAUAGCAGUUAUAGUUUAUGUGGGGACAAUACCUCUAGUCAUUCCUCAGUUGCUGUCAGUCGUGUUAUACAUGACGGUGAUUGUAGUGCUAAACCCAUUGUGCUCAGUAAAGCUACCGCUGCUAAGAAAAGUAAUAGCAAGACGAUUGUUUCCCCUGCUGCUUACCAUGCCAGUAGAAAAGAACGAUUUUCGUCUGAAAAGGUGUACACCACCAGUAUCCCUCCUUACAGCUCUCCAUCCACCUCUCCUCCUCGUCAAGCUGCUAGUGCUGCUGCUGCUGCUGCUACUAGCACUGUCUCUGUCGCUGCUCCUACUGUUGCCAACAAACGUGCUGCUGAGACAUCCGUAGAUGAACUACGUCGACGAGAACAACGUGCACCCGAUACCAGUGGCGAUGAAAAUGUGGUUGCUAUGGAGAACAUGCUAAAGGAUCUCAAGGGCAAGUUGGUUACCUUGACAUUGGACCUCUGCAUGACACCCCACAAACAAGAACUGAGUGAUGUCUUUUGUGCCACUACCACGCAAAUCAAUUAUCUUAAACGUGCCAUUGCUAGUCUCAAGAAAGAUACGCCUUUGCUUCAACCCUCGGACGAAAACUACAAAAAACUAUUGCUGAUGAUGCGUCUGGUGCCGUAUUUUCAAUGGGAGGGCAAUGUCACCAACACUCGAGAAAAGGUGUUUAGCACCAUCUAUGCUUGCUUGAGACAAGUGGACCGCGCUGUGCAAGACUAUGAUUUUGAUAUCGAACGUAAAUGGAGAUCGUUGAUCCCUUCCAGGUUGAGUACGCCUAUGCACCAUUGGUUGGACGGAUUGCUGGUUAGACAACCUCAAUUGACCUGGUCCCAAUUCAAGUUAUGUUUGUUGCAAGAGUAUGAGAUGCCCUUGGCCGAAGCCAUCAAACAAUUGACGUUGGCGCAUUACAAUGCAGAAACCGAGUCGAUGAACAGCUUCGUCCAUCGUUUUGUCAGAAACCUCGAGUACGCCAAAGUGUCUGAAGAACUUGGUUUUACUUACUUUCAAUCUGCCUUGCCAACCUUGGAGGACCGUGCCCAGUUUGGACUCUUGUAUCAACAUGUCAAAAAGAACCAUCCAGAGAAAAAGGACACCAUCUACAGUGCUAUUGAUCUCUUUAGAGAUAUCCACAAUCAAAUCUGCUCUUGCAAUGAUGCGUUUGAGAACCCUCCUUUACCGGCUCCUCGACCUCAACCUUAUGAAUUGCACCGUCGUGCGUCUCAACAACCACAGACACACACACAAAAACAAAGCGCCUCUCCCAAAGUAGAAGUUGUUCAACUCCAACAACAACAUAAGAUUAAAAAGCAAAAGUUCACCCACCCAAAGAAACCUCAACUUCGCUGCCUGUUCCAUCCCAAAGCUCACUCUCACUUGACUGAAAAUUGUAGAAAUAACCCGCUCAGUCCAUCUUUUGUAAACAUCCAAUAA